UACGGUUCUGUAGUGAAGAGUAGAGGGAAAACAACUGAAGAUUUCCUGUAGAUACAGAAGGGGUUUAAGCUCCAUCUCUCUUUCUGUUACUGCGUUUAGACAGUGAACUAGCUUUCCUGGGUAACUUCAAAUACUUGGUGUAUAAACUUAAUAAUUAAUACUAAGUGUUAUGACAUCAAUACCUUCGAAAAAUAUAUGGAUUCGGAGGCAACAAUGCCCAUGUGGGGAUUGGAAGUGUUAUGUAACAUACGAAGGGGAUGCUGAAGAGACAUCUAUAGCAUCCCAAUUGGUAAAGAAUGAUUCCAUACCUUCAGAAGCUAUGAUUUCCCCCUAUGUUGGAAUGGUUUUUAAGAGUGAUGAUGAUGCUUUCGAGUACUAUGGAAAUUUUGCAAGAAAAAAUGGGUUUUCAAUUAGGAAAGAAAGAUCAAGACUUAGCCCUCAAUUGGGUAUUUAUAAACGUGAUUUUGUUUGUUAUCGUUCUGGAUUUGCUCCUGUUAAGAAAAAACCUACUGGGGAACAUCAUAGGGAUAGGAAAUCAGUGCGGUGUGGAUGCGAUGCGAAGAUGUACUUGUCAAAGGAGAUUGUUGAUGGGGAUUCACAAUGGUUUGUUGUACAAUUUAGUAAUGUUCAUAAUCAUGAACUUCUAGAGGAUGACCAAGUUCGCCUUCUUCCAGCUUAUCGAAAAAUUCAUGAGGCAGACCAAGAACGAAUACUUUUACUCUCUAAAGCAGGCUUUCCUAUACAUCGGAUUGUGAAGGUGCUGGAGUUGGAAAAGGGAAUUCAAGGUGGACAGCUUCCCUUUUUGGAGAGGGAUGUUAGAAAUUUUGUUCAAAAUCGGAAGAAGGUUGUUCAAGAGAAUGAUGCGUUGCUAACCGAGAAAAGGGAAAGUGAUACAAUGGAACUCCUUGAAGCAUGCAAGGUGACCAAAUAUGCAGAUGAAAAUUUUGUUUAUGAUUUUACAGUUGAUGAAAAUGAUAAGGUUGAGAACAUCACGUGGUGUUAUAGUGAUUCAGUCCACGCAUACAACAUGUUUGGUGAUGUAGUUUAUUUUGACACUUCAUAUCGAUCAAUCACAUAUGGCAUGCUUUUUGGAGCGUGGCUUGGCAUUGACAAUAAUGGAAGAACCAUCUUCUUUGGUUGUGUUCUACUCCAAGAUGAAACAUCUCGUUCCUUCUCGUGGGCUUUACAGACUUUUGUUCGUUUCAUGAGAGGAAAUUGUCCACAAACAAUUCUAACUGAUCUUGACCCUGGGCUUAGGGAUGCUAUACGCACUGACUUGCCAGCAACUAAACAUGUCAUUUCUGUAUGGAAUAUUCUAUCGAAGGUAUACAGUUGGUUCUUUCAUCCGCUUGGAUCUCGCUUUGCAGAAUUUAAAUCUGAGUUUGACACACUUUGUCGGCUGGAAACUACGGAGGAGUUUGAACUUCAAUGGAAUCAAAUGAUUUCUAUGUUUGGACUCAAUACAGAUAAACAUAUUGCUUUACUCUAUUCCUUCCGGUCAUCUUGGGCUCCAUCCUAUACAAGAGGGUACUUGCUUGCUCGAAUGGCAACAACAGUAUAUUCGAAAUCUGUGGAUGGAUUCUUGAAGGGCAUUUUCAAUGCUCAAACAUGUUUGCGCACUUUUUUUGAGCAGGUAGGCAUUUCUGCCAAUUUUCAGAAUCAGGCGCGUCUGGAGAUGCAGUACAUGUAUACCAAGACAUGCAUACCCAUUGAGGAGCAUGCCAGGAGUAUUCUUACACCUUUUGCUUUCAAUGAAUUUCAGCAUGAAUUGGCAUUGUCAAUGCAAUAUGCUACUUCUGAGAUGGCUAAUGGAUCCUAUAUUGUACGCCACUGCAAGAAGAUGGACGGGGAGCGUCUUGUUAUAUGGGUACCAGAAGAUGAACAGAUUCACUGUUCCUGUAAAGAAUUUGAAUCUUCAGGAUUAUUAUGCAGACAUGCUCUGCGGGUAUUUAUAGUAAAGAACUACUUUCAGCUUCCUGAAAAGUAUUAUCUGAAUAGGUGGCGAAGAGAAAGCUCUCUAGUCUUUUAUGAAGAAAAUGGUACUCAACCUAGCAAUGAUGUUUGGUUUCCAGAAUUUCAAUGUCUUACUGAAAGUCUAUUUGUAGAAUCAUCUAUUACCAGGGAGCGUUCUGAUUAUGUCCGUACAGAACUGACAAAACAAGUUGCAAGGAUUCUGAAUGAGGUCAGAAAUAUGCCAGAGACUGAAGGUGUGGUUUUAGAUGUGACACUGUCACCUACUGGAUAAUUUUGAAGGUGCUAGUGGCUUAGUGCUAGAUGGGGUAGCAAAUGCUGCCCCUGCUUAAUAGCAGAGCAGAAUAGAAAAGUGAACUAUAGUAAAAUCAGAAAGCCAUUAAAGAGUGGCAUUAUUUUGAUUCUUAUCUUCAAAAUUUAAGCAGAAAGGCUAACAUUUGGAGCAGGGCUAUAUCUAACAAUGAGUAAAAAUCAGUGUGUUGAUUAAUCUUUCCUCAGUAUUUACGAGUCUAUGACGUCCUGGAUGAUAUAUAACGCUGCAUCAAAUGCAGAAAAGGGAGAAAGGAAAUUGGUUAAGGUGAAAUGUAUAAUGUAAUAGUAAAAGCUUAGUUUCUGUCUAAUACUCUCUUGUUCCACAAUUAAUGGCCAACUCCAAAAGGUUUGUUUUCA